GGGAGGCGGCGAUGCGCACGGCCGGAGAGACGCGGAGGAGGAGACAUAAGCCGGCGGGCGCCCAGACGGUGCGGCCGUGACGCGUUCCUGCUGCAGCCGCGCGCCCCGGCCCUGGAGCGCUGACCCCUGGCCCCGCACAGCCCCGCGCCCCGGCCGGAGAUCGCGCCCCAGCUUCCAGCCCCGUCGCGCAUGCUGCCUCCGGAGUGAACCGAGCAGCCAACCUCCCGCGGACGCCCGGACGGCCGGCCGGCCGGCCAGCAGUGAGCAAGCUUCCCCGCACCAGCCCGGCGCCUCCUGCACAGCGGCGGCCACCCCGUAGCCCCCGCGCCAGCCCGGAGGGCGCAGCGCUCGGGAGGAGCCGCGCGGGGCGCUGAUGCCGCAGGGCGCGCCGCGGAGCGCCCCGGAGCAGCAGAGUCUGCAGCAGCAGCAGCCGGCGAGGAGGGAGCAGCAGCAGCAGCGGCGGCGGCGGCGGCGGCGGCGGCGGAGGCGCCCGGUCCCGGCCGCGCGGAGCGGACAUGUGCAGGCUGGGCUAGGAGCCGCCGCCUCCCCCCCGCCCAGCGAUGUAUUCAGCGCCCUCCGCCUGCACUUGCCUGUGUUUACACUUCCUGCUGCUGUGCUUCCAGGUACAGGUGCUGGCGGCCGAGGAGAACGUGGACUUCCGCAUCCAUGUGGAGAACCAGACGCGGGCUCGGGACGAUGUGAGCCGUAAGCAGCUGCGGCUGUACCAGCUCUACAGCCGGACCAGCGGGAAGCACAUCCAGGUCCUGGGCCGCAGGAUCAGUGCCCGCGGCGAGGACGGGGACAAGUAUGCAUUGCUUCACCAGCCCCGGGUGCAGGUGCUCAGAGAGGUGGGAGCCUCCAGGGAGUGCUUUCUGGAUGCUGCCGGCCGUGCGGAAAUCGGCCUGGUGUGA